CCGCUGCCUCCUGUCUAGCUGCCGCCAGAAGCUGACUGCCUCCGGCGCUGGAGUCCUGUGCUCCCUCUGUGCCCAGAGCCCACCAUGUCGGCCAAUGUCACGAUGAAGCCCCUCUGUCCCAUCCUGGAGCAGAUGAGCCGCCUUCAAAGCCACAGCAACUCCAGCAUCCGCUACAUAGACCACGCCUCGGUGCUGCUGCACGGGCUGGCCUCGCUGCUGGGCCUGGUGGAGAAUGGACUCAUCCUCUUCGUGGUGGGCUGCCGCAUGCGCCAGACCGUGGUCACCACCUGGGUGCUGCACCUGGCGCUGUCCGACCUGUUGGCCACCGCCACCCUGCCCUUCUUCACCUACUUCCUGGCUGUGGGGCACUCCUGGGAGCUGGGCACCACCUUCUGCAAGCUGCACUCCUCCAUCUUCUUCCUCAACAUGUUCGCCAGCGGCUUUCUGCUCAGCGCCAUCAGCCUGGACCGCUGCCUGCAGGUGGUGCGGCCCGUGUGGGCGCAGAACCACCGCACGGUGGCCGCGGCGCAUAAGGUCUGCCUGGCGCUCUGGGCCCUGGCCGUGCUCAACACCGUGCCCUACUUCGUGUUCCGGGACACCAUCCCGCGGCUGGACGGGCGCAUCAUGUGCUACUACAACGUGCUGCUCCUGAACCCGGGGCCCGAUCGCAACGCCACGUGCAACUCGCGCCAGACGGCCCUGGCCGUCAGCAAGUUCCUGCUGGCCUUCGCGGUGCCACUGACCAUCAUCGCCUCGAGCCACGCGGCCGUGAGCGCGCACCUGCGCCACCGCGGCCGCCGGCGGUCCGGCCGCUUCGUGCGCCUGGUGGCAGCGGUGGUGGCUGCCUUCGCGCUCUGCUGGGGGCCCUACCACGUGUUUAGCGUGCUGGAGGCGCGGGCGCACGCGGACCCCGCGCUGCGGCCGCUCGUGUGGCGCGGGCUGCCCUUCGUCACCAGCCUGGCCUUCAUCAACAGUGUGGUCAACCCGCUGAUCUACGUGCUCACCUGCCCCGACGUGCUGCGCAAGCUGCGGCGCUCGCUGCGGAGCGUGCUGGAGAGCGUGCUGGUGGACGACAGCGAGCUGGGCGGCGCGGGCAGCAGCCGCCGCCGCCGCGCCUCCUCCACCAACACCUCGGCCUCCUCCUUCUCGCUGGGCGGCCGCCGCCUGCAGCCGCUUGGAUCCGCGCGUCUGCUCGGCUGGCUGCGGGGCGGCCGCGCGGCGCCCCAGCAGAGGGACCGGGCCCAAUCCCAAGGCGAGCGGGGCCCCCUGAACCGGGCGCUGAGCAGUACCUCGGGGUAGGAGGCGCGGGCCCGGAGUCGCCCGGCUUGGACCAUUCUCCCCUGAAGGCAAGGGCAGGGAGCGAUAGGGCGCAGCAGC